ACGACGCGUUAAAUUCGAUUACGCGCAACCCAUACUUUUCGUAAGUUCAGUCGGCUAAUUGCGCGAAUAAUUUGUGAAGAAGAGGAAAGAUGAAACGCCAUUACAUUCUUCGAUAAAUUUCAUAUCUCUAGCUAAAAUGACCGAUGUUAUUUAAAGAGAUGGAGAGAGAAAUGAUUAUCUGAGUAAUACUUACUUCUAUAUAUGUAUAAUCCUUUCCAACUCGUCGCGAUAAAUUAAUUCGUUUGAAAGAUUUAUCAUUCUUAUUGUGCAAAAAAAAAGAACAGCAUGUGUUUAAUAUCGCAUUCGAGAUAAUUUCAGAUAGUGUCUAUGCAAUUAUAUAGAGAUAUGCGUUAUCUCAGUCAAUGCGUCGUGUAUUUAAAUCCAGUCUAUUGAAUAUUAUUUACGGAAUCUAUAUCGAGUCGAUUGAAAAACGUGUAAUAGGAUAACAAGUUUUAUGCAGGCUAUGCACGUUUCUACUAAUGUAGAUUAAUUUUAAUCUCGAUUCAAUUUACUUUUUAUUCUUUUCUAAUUCUUGCAAUUAGAGAACUAGAAAAAGAUAAAAAGUAUCUAAUUAUUAAGCCGAGAUCAAACGUUAAUUGAGCUUGUAAAUAAUAAUGUUUCUAUGUAUAUUGGUAGAAAGAGGUUGGUAGGAUAUUAGUCAAGUUUGCAUUAAUAAAGUCAGAUUGAAGGCAUAAGCCACGUUAUCGAAAUACUCGGAAUAUGUAUUAUAUAAUUCGUUCCACCUGUACGGCAAAGUACGUUCGGGUAGAAUGUAGACACUUGCGUUUGAUUCUGCGAGCGACAUCUGUGGACGGUGUGGCUUAAACUUUGCACGCGUGUAAAGUUUCUUAUCUUAUCAACGGGAGUUAAGAUUAAGGGAAAGGUCUAUUCGGUGUUUCGUUCUCCCGGUAUUUCGACGAGAUGAAUGUCACAACACAGGAUGAGAGGAAUCAGAUUGCGCGUAAGAGGAUGCUCGAUCUGCACGAAGUCCACGUGGGAAAAGUCCCGCAGGACUCGCCGUGGUUAAGAAGCAUUCGCUUGCACUACAUGCAUGAUAGCCAGUCUAAGACUUGGGACGUGAUAACGAUGCAUGAUAGCGUGUGUAUAGUUGUCUUCAAUACAAGUCAAAGGAAGCUCGUAUUUGUUAGACAAUUCCGGCCAGCAGUUUAUUACGCGUCUAUACCGGAGAAGCAAGAGACGAUCGACGUCGAGCGUUAUCCCGCGACACUAGGGAUAACUUUGGAACUCUGCGCUGGUAUCGUGGAUAAGGAUAAAUCUCUCGUCGAGAUCGCGAGGGAAGAGUUGAUGGAAGAGUGUGGUUACGAAGCACCCACUUCAGCAUUUAAACAAGUUAUUACCUACGUAUCUAGUGCUUCUGCUAGUGCAAAGCAAACUCUUUUCUAUGUAGAAGUUACGGAUGACAUGAAGCUACACCCUGGUGGUGGUGACGAGUCCGAAGGUGAAGUCAUAGAAGUGGUGGAAUUAAGCGUUCCUGAGCUGAAGGAUUAUAUGAGAACCAAAGAAGUAACAAGUCCCUCCAGCUUCCUCCACGGUGUGUCUUGGUUUAUACUUAAUAAAUCUGAGUACUGUUAAUUAGAAUAAAGCUAAAAUU